AUGAGCGGUAUUGAGAUGGACAGCAUGUGGCUCCAGAAGAGCAUCACUCUACCGGAUCCAUUGCCCAAUGAUAACGGUGCUUCGCCUGACAAAAAGGAGUCACUCCCAGAGAGGACUUCGCCUGAAGAGGGUGGCACGAUUUCUUCUGAGCCCAAAAUGAGCACGCCAACACGAUGUUGCGUUGACAAGAAACCACAAGCUGAAGUCGACUCCACCAAGAUGGCCCUCAACACCAUUUCAUUUAUUGAGAGCACUCAAAGAUCGUCUAUAGCACGGCACUCCAUACGGGCGCCUUUUCCCAAUGUCGGAUGUAUUGCAGCUCAAGAGUACGAUAAGCUGCGGUCACUGUACAGCCAAACCAAGCGCGAGCUUCUCAAGGUAUCCGAUAUUCAAAGAGAUUUGGAGUUUGCCCGCUUCGAGAUGAAUCGCACACAAGAAGAGCUAAAACUAGCCCGUAAAAACAACGAAAGUCACAAGAAGGAGCUCGAAGAUGCGUUGGAUCGUGCUGAAAGGGAGCACCGCGCGAGACUUGCAGCAGAGUCUGCAGUAAAUGAUGAAAGAGAUAUGUACGCAAAAGAAAUCAACUUCCUCAAGAAGCGAAUUGAGGAUCUGCGACAGGACAAUAGUAAGAGAUUGGAAGAACUGAGCCAACAACAGGAAUUUGAAAGUCAGAACUGUCUUCAGACGAUGCGUGAGGAAUUGGACGUGGCGGUAGGUGAGAUUGAGGAUAUGUCCCAAGAAAUUACUGGCCUGAAGCAGAAUAAUCAAUAUUUAGAAAAACAAUACACCGAAGCAUUGAACAAAUUACAGAGGGCUCAUCAAGAUGUUGAAAAUUGGCGAAAAAAGUCCGAAGCUGCCACCACUCGUUGCUCUCAACUUGAGGAAAAGCAACAAGAGGACCUAAAGCGAAUCAAGGAGGAGCAGGAGGAGGCCAUGCAGGCCCAACAUGUCCUCGCUGAUGAGCGCGUGCGGCAAAUAACAAAAGUCAAAAAUGGCAUCAUCCAAGAGCUUGAGGAGGACUUGCACCAGUCGAAGGAAAAGCUGCGGGCGCUUGCCGAUGAUGAUGCGGCCUUGCGCCACACCAAUGCGAAACUCUCCGAAGAAAUGGAACAAGUUUCCGCGAAGCACGCAAAGGAACUGCGCCAUACUACCGAGGAGUAUCGUCUGGCCCUGAGCGAGAAGGAACUUCAGGUAGAGUCUGCCUUACGUGCAGCCAAAGGGAGUCGUGUGGCCGCGGCUGAGGAAAACCAGUCCAUGCAACGGCAGCUUUCCAAAGUCUCCGAGGAGCUUUCCACGAUUGCAGUGGUCCUAGCUCAGCGAGAGAAGCAACUUAUGGAAACCGAAAAACAGUUGAGCACGACAAAAGAGAGGCAACUUGAGCUAGAGGAUGAAACCACUCGUUUGGUCCGCGACGCGGAGGUGCACGGUGCCGCCAUGGUGGAGGCCAAUGAGCGCAUUUUAAGACUCAACGAACAAAAGGACAUCUUGGAGGAGGGCUACUCUAACGAUCUGCGCACAGCCAAGGAACGGAUCCACUCACUUGAGGAGUCCCUGAUGUCGUGUCGGGACGAGUUGUCCGCGUUUCGCAAGGAACAUAUGAGGUCCACUGAUGGCGAUCGUGCGGCUACGCGGCAGUUACGCGCCGAGUUGGCGGCCGCAACGGCAGAUAGAGACCGCUUUUUUCAGGAAAUACAAGCCAAGCAGCAUGAAGAAGGGGAACUGCGACAGAAAUAUUUGAGUGAAUGCCAAAAGUCGGAUACUCUUAAUGUGGAGCUGGCUGCUACCAUUCAUCGCUGCUCAUUACUGGAGAAACGCCUGGAGAUUGAACUCCGACGGCGGAUCACUGGGAUAAAGUCCAUGACACCCAUGAAAGGUUCCCAGAGUGGCCACUGCCAACCCAAGCUGCGUAGCGCAUCUUCCGUGAACAUCCCAUCGUCGGGUUCCCGUUCGAUGAAACGUUCUCGUACUGAAGAUGCGCGAGUAUUUGCUAUCAGUGGGUUUAAUGGCAAUGACCUUUUUCUCUCGAUCAAACAGCUACCUAACGUUGCGAUUGCGGAGUGCAAAUCCAACAUGCCAGUUCCUUCCAAUCUCACGCAUCUCGUCACCAAUGGAGAACUUACUAUCAAGUUACUGACAGCGCUGGUUCGAGGGUGUUGGGUUCUACCGGUGUCGUACGUUGUAGAGUCCCUUAACCAACGAACAUGGCUAAGUGAGUACGAUUUCGGGUUUCAGCAUGAGUUUCCACCAUUGCUUAAAAAGCGCGUUUUUUGCACCAAGCUGUUUGUUGCGUGCAAAAACUACAGUGUCACGACGAUGUUACUGUCGGAGGGGGGCGCCGUCACAGUGGACAGCGCUGAGGAUGCUGACAUUGUGCUCUGCACGAAUGAUGAGCUUCUGCAUUUCGAACGGGGUAUGAACUGGGAAAAAUUGGUUGAAGUGAUAUACCCUGUCCACAUUGAGUAA